AUACAUUGUACAAUACUCAACAACUUUGAACACACACCUUUGAAAUCAUCAGGGGUCCCGCCAUUGUUACACGAAAAUCAGGAGGCCGUACAAUUAUUUAGCAACCACGUACGCAUCCAGACAAUAUAAGCGACAUCCUGUCAGUUUCGCUUGCCUACAUAUUAGCGCCCAACUCUCAUCACCACAAGCAUGCCAGGAGAGAGAUAAGCUAAGCACAAGUUGCUAACUAGCAACUACUAGGAGGAGAAACAUCAACCAACGUAGCCUAAUGGAUGAUGAAGCCAUGAGAGGCAGAGGAGAGGAUGCAGAGACGGGGGAGAGGGAGAGGAAGACCGAGGGGGCUAAGAAGGUGCCCUUCUUCAGCAUGUUCAGGUACGCCAGCCGUGCCGACAUGGCGCUGAUGGCCGUCGGCACCGUGGCAGCCAUGGUUAACGGCAUGGGCGACCCGCUCAUGACCGUCGUCUUCGCCGCCGUCAUCGACUGUUUCGGCGCCGGCGACAACGUCCUCCAGCGGGUCAGCAAGGUUGUUAUGUACUACAUCUAUUUGGGAAUUGGGACGGCACUAGCUUCAUUUCUCCAGGUGUCCUGCUGGACAAUGACUGGAGAAAGGCAGUCAAUACGCAUCCGAUCUCUAUACCUCGAAGCUGUUCUAAAACAGGAUGUUUCAUUCUUUGAUGUGGAGAUGACAACUGGGGAAGCAAUUUCUAGAAUGUCUGCGGACACUGUACUGGUCCAAGAUGCCCUUGGAGAGAAGGUAGGCAAGUAUGCACAGCUUUUGACAACCUUUGUUGGAUGUUUUAUCAUCGGAUUCAUAAGAGGCUGGAUGUUAGCUCUUGUUAUGCUCGCAUGCAUACCUCCAAAUAUUCUGUCUUUUGCAAUUAUGUCUCGGUUACGUUCUCAAAUAUCAGCCAGGAGGCAGGCAUCAUAUGCCGAUGCGGGCAAUGUCGUCGAGCAGACCAUUGGAGCUAUAAAAACGGUUAUCUCCUUCAAUGGUGAGAAGAAAGCAAUCGCAUUGUACAACACUCUCACAAAAAGGGCAUAUAAGGCUACAGUCUUGGAAGGGAUUGCCACUGGUCUAGGAACAGGCGGUAUCUUUUCUGUUUUCUUCUGCGGUUACUCUCUAGCCUUUUGGUAUGGUGCUAAGUUAAUCAUCAACGAAGGUUAUACUGGAGGGCAAGUCGUCAAUAUCGUACUUGCAAUGUUAACUGGUUCAAUGGCUAUAGGUACCGCAUCGCCCUCAAUUUCUGCUAUUGCAGAAGGGCAAUCUGCAGCAUAUAGGUUGUUUGAGAUAAUGAACAAAGAACCAAAGAUUGACAUCACUGACACUUCUGGAAUAGUAUUGGACGAUAUCAGGGGCGAUGUUGAACUCAACAAUGUGUUCUUUAGAUAUCCUGCAAGGCCUGAGCAGUUGAUACUUAAUGGGUUGUCUCUACAUGUACCUAGUGGUACUACAAUGGCUAUAGUUGGAGAGAGUGGAAGUGGUAAAUCAACAAUAAUUAGUCUGGUGGAGAGAUUCUACGACCCACAAGCUGGCAAUGUGCUGAUAGAUGGAAUCAACAUCAAGAGUAUGAAACUCCAGUGGAUAAGAGGAAUGAUCAGUCUUGUUAGCCAAGAACCAUUGCUUUUUAUGACCUCCAUCAAAGACAACAUAACCUAUGGUAAAGAGGAUGCUACGCUUGAAGAGAUCAAGAGAGCAGCUGAGCUUGCAAAUGCAGCAAAUUUCAUCGAAAAGUUGCCUAAUGCGUAUGAGACAAUGGUUGGUCAGAAUGGUGCUCAACUUUCUGGAGGGCAGAAACAAAGGAUUGCCAUUGCAAGAGCAAUCCUUAAAAAUCCAAGAGUCCUUCUGUUGGAUGAAGCUACUAGUGCUUUGGAUGUGGAGUCUGAGCGGGUAGUUCAAGAAGCAUUAAAUCGGAUCAUGGUAGGGAUAACUACACUCAUUGUUGCUCAUCGGCUGAGUACAGUCAGAAAUGCAGAUUGCAUAGCAGUGGUUCAUCAAGGAAAGGUAGCUGAACGAGGUGUCCAUGAUGACCUGAUAAAGGAUCCUGAUGGAGCUUACUCUCAUCUUAUUCGGCUACAACAGGCCAAUACUGAAGAAACGCCUGAGAUGCCAUAUGUGGCAGGUUCAAGAUUCAAAAGUACAAGUUUAUCUUUGGAACAAUCUAUCAGGGAUUCUCCCAGGAAUAGAAGACAACACUCCAGUAAAUCCCUUGGACUGUCUAGAUCGGAUGAUUUGUUCAGGCAUGUUGCUAGCAGAGAGGAACACCUGGAAAUUGGUGAUAGUGAGGCUCCAAAGAAAGCACCAAUUGGACGCCUUUUUAAUCUUAGCAGGCCAGAAGCACCAAUUCUCCUGUUAGCUAUCAUAGCUGCCACUGUGCAUGGACUUCUUUUCCCAUCAUUCAGUAUUAUGAUGUCUGGUGGUAUAAGAACAUUCUACUAUCCAGCACACCAACUUCGAAAAGAUUCAACAUUUUGGGCAUUGAUGUGCCUUCUGAUGGCAAUCAUUUCCCUGGUUUCAAUCCAAUUGGAAUUUUACUUAUUUGGAGUAGCCGGUGGGAAACUUAUAGAACGUGUCCGUGCUUUGUCUUUCCAAAGCAUCAUUCAUCAAGAGGUUGCUUGGUUUGAUGAUCCUUCGAAUUCCAGUGGCGCACUUGGUGCAAGGUUGUUUAUUGAUGCUUUGAACAUCCGACGCCUUGUAGGAGAUAACUUGGCCGUACUAGUGCAGUGCACCGUAACACUUAUUUGUGGCUUUGGCAUAGCAUUUGCUUCGGACUGGAAGCUUACACUGAGUAUCAUAGGUGUCAUUCCUUUUCUGGGUUUGCAGAAUUAUAUCCAAUUGAGGUUUCUGAAAGGGUUCGGUGAAGAUGCUAAGGUGAUGUAUGAAGAUGCAAGUCAAGUUGUGGCUGAAGCAAUUGGUAGUAUUCGAACUGUAGCAUCUUUUGGUGCAGAGAAGAGAGUGAUUACCCUAUACAGCCAAAAAUGCCAGGCUUCAAUGAAACAGGGAAUUAGAAGUGGAAUGGUCGGAGGUGUUGGUUUCAGUUUCUCAAAUUUAAUGUUGUAUCUCACAUAUGCUCUUUGUUUCUAUGUUGGUGCACAGUUUGUACAUGACGGCAAAUCAACCUUUCAAAAUGUUUUCAGAGUUUACUUUGCCUUGAUUUUCACCGCUUAUGGAAUUUCCCAAACAAGUGACAUGGCAUCAGACUCAACAAAAGGUCAAGAAUCUGCGACAUCCAUACUAGCAUUCAUAGACAGGAAGCCCAAAAUUGACUCGACCAGUGAUGAAGGUAUAAAGCUAGAAAAAGUUGAUGGCACCAUAGAGUUCAACCAUGUAAGGUUCAAGUACCCAUCCCGACCAGAUGUCCAAAUAUUCAGCGACUUCACUUUGGGUAUUGCUUCCGGAAAGACUACCGCACUUGUCGGAGAGAGUGGAAGUGGCAAGUCCACAGUAAUUGCUUUGCUGGAGCGAUUCUAUGAUCCGGACUCUGGCACAAUCUCACUAGACGGAACAGAACUCAGAAAGUUAACACUGAGUUGGUUAAGAGAUCAAAUGGGACUAGUAAGCCAAGAACCAGUACUUUUCAAUGACACAAUUCGUGCCAACAUAGCAUAUGGAAAGCGAGGAGAAGCAACUGAAGAAGAGAUAAUCACCGUGGCCAAGGCAGCCAAUGCUCAUGAGUUCAUAUCGGGCUUGCCUCAGGGAUACAACACCAACGUUGGCGAGAGAGGAACACAACUAUCUGGUGGGCAAAAGCAACGGGUAGCUAUUGCCAGGGCGAUCUUGAAGGACCCUAGAAUACUUCUGCUCGACGAAGCAACAAGCGCCCUGGACGCUGAAUCAGAGCGUAUUGUUCAAGACACACUGGACCAGGUAAUGGUCAGCAGGACCACCAUUGUCGUAGCACACCGCCUGUCGACGAUCAAAGGGGCAGAUACGAUCGCAGUCAUCAAAGAUGGUUCAGUUGCCGAGAAGGGAAAGCAUGAAUCUCUCAUGAGCAUCAAGGGUGGAGUCUACGCAUCACUGGUCGAACUACACUCGAAGGCGGCAUAAGGGGAUGCGCAGAUAUUUAUUGUUCCUUUCUUGUUUCCCGUACUACGAGAUGAAAAAUGUUUGUAUUGCAUAAAUUUUAAGGGCAUUCGCCUGUAAUUCUAGUUCUCUAUUUGUUAGGCCUAAGACAUCAGAGGCCAGAUUGGCCCAGCAUGUGUUUCAGACUUUCAGUCGUUGUGGGGUACCAGAGAUGUACGCAUUAUCAUAGUUACAUAGUAA